AUGUUCUCCUUUGACACCGUCACCCGACUCAUUGUCGGAAGCGCGGCGGCUGAGUGCAGCGAGUACAAGCGGCUCGAGCGCAAGUACAAGCACGUCGAAGCCAACCUCAAGUUGGUCAGAGAGGUGACAAAGGCCUCAACGACAGCGUCAUCAACCCACUUGCGCAAUACCAACAGCAUUCGCUCCGGACCGAUCACAAGCGCCUCUUCACCCACAUCCACACAAGGCAGUGACGGUGCAGGCCCCGACGAGGCAAAUCUGCAGCGCACACAAUCCACCCCAGCGGUCACCACAGUCCCAUCGGGCAGCCUGGACGACCUCAAAAGGACAUACUCGGAGCCAGGGAUCGCGAUUCCCUGGCCCCAAAUGACCGGCUUUGGAGGGUAUCGACGUGCCGUUGACGCCUCCGCAUCCUGGCAACUGAAUUACCUCGAACAGCGACUCAAACUCGAUGGCGACAUCAUCGCUGGCUUCCUAGGUGAACACAAUCCACCUGUAGGCAUCGACCUGCAAAUCUGGCAGCAGUACCUGAACACCAAGGUCAAGGUCAGGGCCAAGGUGCAGCGUCGUUGGCCGGCGAACAUCGUCACCACCUCCGCCUCAUCUGGGACUCUGUCGUCUACCCCACCUGGCACGCCCAUCACGGACGCCUCGUCGGAAUACACCGACCCGGUCACCGGAACGAGAGUCGUCCGUGGCUUCACCAUCGCUGAUUCAACCACCAUUUCCAACACUUCCAGCGCAGCGAGCUCGUACAAUAAGAACAAGAAAUGUGGUGAAGGCAAAACAGUGGGAGAUGGAAAGCAGGGACUGGUCAGCACGUUCCGCAGGGUUGAGAUGUCUUAUCGCGACAUCGGACCCAAUGGAGCGGCCUCUGAAUGUGCAAUUUCGUCGGACGAUGAAGAUGAAGAAGAAGAAGAAGAAGGUGACGACGAGGAGUAUGACUCUGACGAAGACGAGGACGAUGACUGGGAGGACAUGAACUGA